GGGUAGUCAACAGUUGUGCAUUAACUCUCUGCAAUUGGAUAACCCCCUACUGACAAUUCUAACAGAACUCAACAGAAUGUACAAAUUCGUGACUGUCUUGUGCUCGGCUCUGCUGUUGACCUAUGUCUUGGCCCGUCCGCAGGAUGCGCGCGCUGCUAGCUCGAUCACCACAACCACCACACCGGCCAGCAUCAUCCAGCAGGAAAAUGUGAACAAUGCCGAUGGCAGCUUCAACAGCAGUUACGAGACAUCGAAUGGCAUCCGAGUGGAGAACGUUGGCUAUCUGAAGAAGAUCAUCAUACCCAAGACGGAGACCAGCGACGGCCAGGUAAUCGAUGAGCACGAGGAGCUCGUCCUGGUCCAAACCGGCAGCUACAGCUACAGCGAUCCCGAGGGCAACAUCAUCACCCUGCGGUAUGUGGCCGACGAGAACGGCUUCCAGCCCGAGGGCGAUCAUCUGCCCGUUGCGCCGCAAUAGUUGCGUUUGUUUAAUUAAGUAGUUAGCGUUAAGUAUGUAUGCAUAUCUUAUAUGAAGUAUAAAGUAUUACGUACUGGAUAUAGCACAGCACAGCCCGAUGCCAUACGAUCUGUCUGCAACAAUUCAGUUCUUAUGUCACUUAUGGCACUGACAUUCACACUCACACACACCUAUACACCUACACACCUACAUACACCGAAUACCCGAAUAAAAGACCACAGCGAAGAAGUAAUAAAUAAAUGAAUAAAUA